UUCGAAUUUAAUACCAAUACUACUGAUUACCAAGAAAAGUAAAGAAAUAGCAAACAUCUUUGAACUGUGCCGUGCGUGUCGACUGUUGAUGGCUGCUGACUCACCGAAUCGCGUGUUUGCACAGUGUCCGUGGAAAGGGAAAUAUUCUUAUACGCAACAACAACUACAAAAAAACAGUGUUUCAUCCACAGCUGGCCAUCAUCUUCUGCGCGUAGGAAAUCGAAUUUCCGUUAAAGUGUGUUCACUAUACUGUAGCCGGGAUCGCUCGGUCAGGCGCCGCUGUGUGACCAGGAAAACGAACCCAACAGGCGCAACGGGUGGCGUUUGUCAGCAGUUCGUCCUUUUAUCCCUCGGUGUGUGUGUGUGCGUAAGUUUGUGUCGUGUGCCGUACAAUCAGCACCUGCCCAGUCAUAGCAGCAGCAGCAGCAGCAGCUGGCCACAGUGUUCGUCCUUGAGCUAGGCGCGAGCGAGUGCGAGAAGCAAACUCCCUCCAAUAGAGUGUUUGUGUGAGUGCGUGCGUGCCGGUAUUGGUGCGUGUAAUACAGAGCGGCACGGUGUAUGCGUGCCUGUGUGUAGAAGAGAAGUGAAAAAAGGAUAUCGAUUAAUAACCGCCAAAACAACAACGCAACAAGGCAGAAAGGCCGACGGCCAACGGUGUCAGCUGGAACCGGGUGUCAAGAAACUGGCGGGUCAAGAAGAAUCAUUGUGUCUUGCGGUCGAUUCUGCUGUGUUUUUUUUCUUUCUCGGUCAACGAUCCUAGGCCUACAGUUGGACCAAUGUUUAAUGUGAAUCAUCUUUACACGGACAUUUGUUGGAAAUAAUCGCACUCCAUCCCAGCCAUCACAACUGGGGGCCCGCCCUUCGAUCCAUCCGUGCAAAAGUACAAAUGCAUUGAUAUAGCUUCACCUUCGAGCAAAGCAAUCAAUAUCAAACGAAACUGGACCUGGACAUCAGCAGACACCAAACGAAACCAAUUUUAGCAUAAAAACCUUCUAAAGCAUGUACAACAUGAGCGCGGCCAGCAUUCUCGAACUGCAGACCUGGAUCGUCUACCAGCGCAUCGCGGCCGAGUGUGCCAACUGUUUGUGAAAAUUCAUCGUAUUGUUAUUUUGAUUUUGCACUGAAAACAUUAGCAUGCAGAUUUAAUCAUUGUUUAUGUUAUUCAUCGGUACUAUCAAAACGAAGCUAUUAAAAGUCAUCCAAAAAGUUGAGCAAACUCACUCAAUUACUAAGUCCAAAGCGGUCUCGUCCAAACCAUUUACCGUGCACAAUGAUCGAUACAGUUAUGACGGAUAAUGCCUUCAAAGCGAAGGACAUUGGGCUGCGGGCGCAGAAGAAAAUCCUCUCCCGGAUGGCAAGCAAAAAUGUGGCUAAAGUGUUCAUCGACGGUACGACCGCGUCCCUUCUAGACAACGUGUACCGGUUGGUAAAGGUGCAUACCGGCAGCAAAAAGGAUGCGGAACGAUUGGUUAAGAACAUCAUCAAAAUCGUGAUCAAAAUUGCCGUCCUGCACCGGAACGGGCAGCUGAAUGCGGACGAGCUGCGCCAGGCGGACCGGUUCCGCACCAAGUUCCAAACGCUCCAGAUGGCGAUCCUGUCCUUCUACGAGGUGGACUACAGCUUCGAUCUCAACUAUCUGCAGAAAUCGCUCGCCGACUGCCGCAGCCUGUUGCGCUCGUGCGUGGUGCGCCACCUGACGGACAAAUCGCUCGGCCGCAUUGACGAGGUGUUUGACACGUUCGCUGACUCCGCCCUGCUCGAGACGGCCUUCCGGCAGGACUCGCCGUACCGGGAAAUCAUGGACAAGAUAGUGGUCGAUCUGAACAAAGCGAUGGAGAAUGGAGACAUUUAAUGCUGGGGAAAUUCCUUGGCUCCGUCUGCAUGCAAGUUGCUCUCGAAAGAAGAAGAAACAAAAAGUCGAACAAAAAGAUGUCUUUCAUCUGCUGCCAGCGACGAAGCUUCUUGGGGUGUGGGGUAGAAAGCAAACCCCACCCCUCUGAAACUGUACCCAUCGUGUAUGACCGCACCGCACCGCAAGGCUUUAGAUUUCCGCAGCAGAAGAUCAUCACCAAACGUGAUCAUCAUCGCCCAUGUCGCGAGUCGGCCGCUUUUCUCGGUUGAGCGGGAGCCGAUCGAUGCCACCAAAGCUGCGCACGGGAGUUCGAGUGCAGCAAGAAGGAUAAUUAAUUUCAAACCCAAAUCGAAAAGCAAGUCACACAUUUACUGAGGGGAAAUGGGAAACGGGAAAAGCGAAGCAAACAUUUCAGCUUUUUAUUUAAUGCAACGAUCGUAUUUAAGUUAAGUUUUCGAAUAGCUACGUAGUCAUAGCAACUAACGCUUGUGUCCUGUUUUGCAUUCGGUAAGGUCGAGGAACAGGCGUGGUAGGAUAAAUAAAAGGGAGAUAGAGAGAGAGAGAGAAAAGUAUUAAAAGAAAGGAAGUACAUACUCAAGCAACUUAUUGUGAGGUUAAUUGUCCAUAUCAAUUAAGUCAGUGGCGGAGUGGAUGAGCUUUUGGGAAGUGCAUAAUAACGUACGUAUGGUUAGCGCGGUUAUAGAGAAAGCAGUAUUGUAGACUUUGCACUAUUGGCGCUACUAUUGAAACACUUCUACACACUUUUGCUAGUAUGACACAUCGGCGUCACAAUUAUCAUGGAAAGGAUGGCACAACUUACGCAUAAAAUGGCUAGAAUGGGUAAAGAAACUCCCUAGAACACACGACGGCAGUAUGACCUCACUUCGAUUCAUAUCUCACACAUACACACAGCUAGCAGAUAUAAACACAUCACUAGACGAGCAACUACACUGCUAAAACAAAACACAGUGAGGACCAGUUUUGAUGACCACUUUUGAAACACUAGCAAAACACAAAACCACAAAUCUCUAUUCCAUUCUGAACGCUGUCUAAAUAUAGCAAGAUAAGAACGUAUUCAUAAUGCACCAACAACACAACCUGAAGCAAGUCUUAGAAAAAUCUACACAACCAAUAGGAACAAAAUUCCGAAUGUACUGGAUUAUUGCGGAGCGUUAGAGAUGGCAUUUGAUCGCUGGUAGAGCCGUGCGUAUGUUAAACUCGUGCGUCGCUGUGUUAGAUACAGAACCGAAUACAAGCUGAAUGGAAUUGUUGAAUGUUUUGCUGUGCAACAUGUUUGCUGUGUUUGAACGCGCUAUUGUAUGUUAAUGAACAGAUGCUAUGGAAAUGGAACGAAUUGCAUGGGCAGUGUAAAAUACUGUCAUCAUUUGUGUAAGUGUGUAGGCGUGGAAGGAAAGCCGUUGAUAUUAAUUGAAAUAAAACCGACGAUAUUUUGAAUGGGCACGUAGAAAA